CCCACACAUUAAUCCCAUCAACCGUCGCGGGCUCUGUCCCCAACGUCCCCCUAAUAGGCCAAUACACUCAAUUAAAGCACCUUCUAAAUGCCGACUGUCAGAGCUUGUCUCGCAUACUCCACCCCGGAAACCCUUCGACCCGUCCUAACCUCGGGGAAAUGGCCGUUGACCGAUUAAAACAUUUAAAUACCCGGCGCGCUCACGAGGGCCAAAAAAGAAACCACACAAGUCACUCUUUCUCUUCACCAACCCCCAUUCUUUCAUUCUUUCGAAUUUCCAUUCCUUCGCAGCAGGCCUGCAUAUUCAACUAAUCAGUAUGCGUUCGACCGCCCUCAUCCCCACGGCUCUGGCCCUCGCCGCCCCCGCCGCCGCCGGCAUGUACGACGACUGGCACUUCGGUAACAUGUUCACCCUGGGCCCGACCAGCGACGACGUCGCCAUCACCAAGGCCACCUACUCGCUUGUCCCGCCCCCUGUGCCCUGCGGCGUCAAGCAGACCCGCUCCACCGAGGCCCCGUGGCUGUCCAUCUGGGUCGGUGUCUCCGGCUCCAUGUCCAGCCAGGCUGAGGACCUGUUCCAGCCCCUGCUGAACUGGUCGCCUGACCAGGAGGCCCAGGGCUGCCCUGCUACCGAUAAGGAGUGGUGCGUUGCUACCAGCACCUACCACCUGUCCGGCCAGGUGCAGGAACCCUACGUGACCGUUCCCAACGACUCGGAGAUCGAAUUCACCAUCUCCGUCGAAAACAACAAAAUCAAACAAGAAGUCGUCAUCGACGGCAAGACCGUGUCCGAGCAAUCCGACGACAAGUCCAUCAGCCCGAAGUGGAUCUACUCCAGCAACGAAUGCUACCUGAACACCUGCGGCCUGGUCGACGGCUACACCUGGAGCGACAUGACGAUCCACCUGAGCGGCGCCGACCCCAACUUCGGCGAGACUCUGACCCUGACGGGCGCUUCCUCCGACGGUCUGACUACCUCCGACGGCGGCAAGACCUGGACCGCGAAGGCGAUCAAGAUCAAGCAGGAUAAGUUCGAUGAGUCGGGUGCUGGGGAGGGGUGCUCUGCUUCUUCUUAGAUUUCGACUUUAGGGGGUGGAUUGGCGGGAGAGAGGAGGAGAGAUGUGAUGGGGUAAGAGCGCAUGCAGUAUAUCUAUAUAUUAUUUGGCACUUUUAUAGGGGUUGUUUGG